UUUGAUGCGCUGGUCGACAAGACGCUCAAGCAAUGGCACGUCCUAAGUAUCUCCUUCGCCAUCACGGAUCGCUCAUCGACUCACACCAAAUGCUACGGAUUAGCGGACGUCGAUUCAAGCACCCCAGUCGACGACAAGACUUUACAUUAUAUCGCAUCCCUCACCAAAGCACACCUCUCCGCAGCCUGGGCACUGUACAUCUCCUCCGCCGCCAACCAGGCAAAGCCAGAACGCGAGCGUAUCACAUGGAGAACUCCACUAGCCCACAUAAUCCCCGACGACUUCCAGCUCUCAGACCCAGCGCGAACCAACGAAGUCACACUGGAAGACGCACUAUCCCACCGCACCGGCUUGCCGCGACACGACCAAUCCCGCGAACGCUUCGACAUCAAGACCACAAAAGCGCUGACGCGCAACCUGCGCAAUCUGCCCUUCCAAAACAGCCUGAGAACGCGGUUCGAGUAUUGCAACGUCAUGUUCGUCGCCGCUUCGCACGCCCUCGAAACCGUGACGGGCAAGCCUCUUGCCACCGUGCUGCGCGAAUGGCUCUGGGACCCUAUGGGCAUGGACUCGACGUACGCAGGCGACAGCGAAGCAGCGUGGACUGCAGAUGGAAAUACGCUAGCAACGGGCUAUGCGUGGAGCAAACCGCGAGAUGCAGGCGCAGACGUAGCCGCAGAGCUCGAGGAGCAACCGCACCCCGACCUCUCCGUAACCUCCGGCGCGGGCUACGCAAUCUCCACCGUGCGCGACUACAUCAAGUGGAUGCAGGGCCUGCUCGGGAUAAUAGAUAGUCCACUAACCGACGACAUAGUGCACAGCCUCUGGACCGCGCGCACACUCGUGCACGAGCAGGCGCGCAAACCGCCGUGCGAGGGCCUCGUGGGUUAUGGCCUGGGCUGGUUCAUCGCCAUGUAUAGAGGGCAGGAGGUGCGCUGGCACUCCGGCGGCCUCGCAGGCGCUGGGAGCCUCGUGGUCAUCCUUCCCAACCUGCAGUGGGGAGUCACGUACUUCGCCAAUGCACACGAUGUGAGCGCUUCGCUGAAGGGCCUUGCGUUCGAAUUAGUCGACAUUCGUCUCGACGUCCCCGAGCAGGAGCGG